AUGGGGAACGUCCAGAAUUCUUCUAUUGUAAAUCAAAUCCUCCCUUUGGAUGCCUAUUUAUUGGAUGUCCCUGAACUUUCGUUUAUAAAAGGUCUGGGUACAACAAGAUUUAUGAAAACAGGACUGGCACAACAUCGAGAUGGUUGGAUUGUAUUCAAAUUAUUUGUGUAUGAUGCGCAAUUAAUGGAUAUAGAUAACUACAUAGACUUGGUGAAACAAUUAAGGAGAAAAUCGAAAGAAUUGUCGAACAUAUUGCCUUUCACCAAAGUUAGCGUAAGUCUUACUUCGUACUAAAGUUUACUGUUUUUUUAGACAAGAGAGCGUUUUGUCAUUCUCCAUCGUCCAUUUCGCAUGUUCACCUUGUAUGAGCGACUAAGUACGCGACCAUUUUUAUUGCAUGUGGAGAAGUUAUGGAUGACUUUCCAAUUGUUGAAGGUUCUGGGACAAUUGAGGAUAUCGAUGAUUUGUCACGGCGAUAUUAAAUCGCAUAAUAUCGUCCUUUCGAGCUCCAAUUGGCUUGAAUUAACUGAUUUCGCACCAUUUAAACCAUCUUUUGUCCCUUAUGUAAGUUAAAAGUACUAUAAGUGAAAAACAUGAUAAAUCUCAAUGACAGUAGUGUUAUUUCAGGACAAUCCAUCCUCGUUUACUUAUUUCUUUGAUACAAGUAGGAGGCGGACUUGUUAUCUAGCACCAGAAAGAUUCAAAAGAGCGGAAGAUCUUGCCUAUUGCUCUAAGAGUAUAAGUGAUAUCACUUGCAUAUCCGAGGGUCUGACUCACGAAAUGGACAUCUUUGCCAUGGGAUGUGUUCUCGUUGAAUUGCUAACUGAUGGAAGAUACGUUGCGUUUAAUUUAUCUCAAGCCAUUGAUUACACAAGAUUUGAUGAACAUGUGACAAAGGAUUAUUUGGACAAGUUGUUAACCGUAUGUCCGCCUGAAUUUGGAAAUCUAUUGAGGACAAUGCUUCAUCGUGAACCCGAAAAGCGGCGAAAGGAAUUUGAGAAGGUAUCUUAAAGUAUUUCGUAUAACUUGUCCUUAGUUGGCUCCAUGUUCGUCGGAUUUAUUCCCUCCUCUCUUCGAAUCGUACUUAUACAAUUACUUCAAGGAUCUCAUUCAAAUGAGAGAUCCCGAUCAGAUUAUUAUCAAGUAAGUACAUUGUUUUAUACGCCAUUUUUGUUUAGAUUAUUUGUGGAGUAUCCAAAUUACAAACCCAAACUAGAGGAGGAUGAACAUAAUUGUGUAGUUUUAAUUAUUGGAAUGAUCACCGCCAAUAUCCGGGCAUGUAAAUGUAUGAGCACGAAGAUGGACGCUAUUCAUCUUCUCAAAAAAUUAUGCGAUUUGACGGAUGCUGAGGUCAUAACAGACAGGAUCAUCCCAUAUCUGGUAAUGUAAAGAUUAAAAAAUAUUUUUUUAUUUUUUAGGUUUACUGCUUGGCGGAUAUUUACCCUCAAGUGCGCGGAGAGGCUGUAUACAUUAUAACUGAUAUUCUGGAGGGCCUAAAUGAUAUUCCGCAGGAUGAAAGCCGACUUCUCGUGGAUUAUAUCUUCCCUCGAAUGGUUUGUUAAUUCACUUAAAUAUAUGUCUCGGUCUUUAGAAACAAUUGACAGAGGACAAAGCAGAUUACGUCAAAAUGGCUCUAGCUUCCUGUCUUGGCCGUUUGUCAACAAUUUCUCUCAAAUUUUUUGAUGAAUCAGUAUCCAAACUAACCCAAGAAGCUAAGUUAAUUUCCGACCAGGAUCGCGAAUCUCGAAAGGAAGCAGUCGAUUCCUUUGCCCGAACGGAGAGAAUAGCCCUUCAGGAAGCCGUCAGUCGUAUUUUUGUGAAUCUCAGCGAUUCUUCAAACACAGUUAAGCAGUGUCUUUUUGACAAGGCCAAUCUUAACUUGCUCUGUUCCUUUUUUGGAUGUAGCAAAUGUAAGUUUCCAGGAUUGCCCACAUUGAUAUAAUCUAUGUAGCUGUUGAUGCGGAUGUUUUAAUGCAUAUGAUUGCUCUGUUGAAUGACAAGUAUGAUUGGCAAUUGAGGGCGGCCUUCUUUAAGAGUUGUUCAACGGUCGCCAAGCACUCAGAGCCUAUUCAGAAUUCUACCCUGAUUCCAUUCAUCCAACAAGUAAUGUGUUCUUGCGGUUUUUUCUUAUUAAUUUCUAGGGACUAAAAGAUACGGAGGAGUUUGUGAUUUAUGAAACGCUCAAAUCUCUAUACUUUUUAUGCGAUGAUAAUAAGUUGGAGAAAUCUGUGAUUGUCAAAAUUAUGAGAGAAGUCUGCCCUUUCCUCGUUCAUCCGGUAAGUGUUAUUGUUUUUAUCGUAAAAUUUUAGAAUAAAUGGCUCCGAAUCCAAGUGAUCAACCUCCUGUCAGUCCUCGAUGCCAGUUUCCCUUUGGCUGACAUGUAUUGUAAAUUGAUGCCUCUGGUCAAAAAAUAUCUCAGAGAAAAUUUGAUUCGAUUGAAUGAGAGGUCCGUGGUUGCAUCAUGUUUAGUUAAGCCAAUUUCACGGCAGAUCUGGGAUUUUGUGACUAGUAAGUGGAUAUUAUUCGGGAUAGUAGACGAAUGUUUGUAGGUUUGGAUAAUAUUCCCGAAUUUAUAAAGGAAUUGAAUGAUAGAAGAACCCUUGAUAAACUCGGUGGAGGACGCGCUUCAAUGUUUUCGGCAGGAUCUCCUUCUCAAGAUGAUAAGAACGUUAUGAAUUCAAUGGAUUUACUCAUUAAAAAGUUGACUAAUCUCGGACUGACGGACGAUGUGGAAGAGCAAUUGCUCUCGUUCAAAUCGGUGUUUAAUAAAUGGGAUCAGACCAAAAAAAGGUAUUUUUGAUUUUUUGGACAAUAGGGUACCGUUUUUAGGGAUCCAAAAAUGUGCAAGGCUUCUUCAAAGAUAAGACUUCGAGACCUGAAUGGGGUUAAGCCAAGGAUAUUCGACCUUGAAGAUGGAGUCCACAAAUUGAAUUCUCGGGUAUGUUGUGUUUAGUUAUUGUCAAUAAAGUUUGUAUUUCAGAGUAUAGGCCAAUUAGUAUAUGUUGGACAGGGUGUGGUGUUGACCGAGGAUGACGACCUCCAACUUGAUCUUCAGGACAAAGAUAGGGGUAUGCAUGCUUUGAUUUGAUUAUUGCAGUUACUAUCAAUGCUUAUGGAUUUGAUGUUUUUAGUUGGUGGUUCCAAAGUACAUUUAAUCGAAGCCCUCGAUCACAAAAGAACAAGAUACAUGGAGCAGAAAAGAGUUAUAAGCACGAAGUUGACAACAAAGGUUAGGGAUAAAAACGAUGCCCGUGAAAUCCCGGUGCAAAAAGGGCAUGUGUUGCAUAAUACCCCGCAAACUAUAAAUGCGAUGGCCCAGGCGAUGCAUUCUGUGAGAGCUGACAGUCCUUCGGGGAGAAGGCCAGAACUCAGACUUCUGGCCAAUCUUCAUGAACACUCGAAAACUGUGUUAAAGUACGUAUUACCUUUUCAAAUGGAUGUAAAUAUGGUUGUAGUCUAUAUAUUUAUGUUACGGAUAAUGAUUGAGUAAUUUAAGGUUGGCCGCCCAUCCACAUAAAGAUAUCUUUGCCAGUUGUUCUUCAGAUAAUACGGUUAAGUUAUGGUCAGCCAGACAGUUCCAUAUGCAAGCCACUCCGGCCAUUGUUUCAACAGAGACACUUAACAAUGGUAAAUAAAUGAAAAACUAUUUUAUAGUUUAAUUUAUUUUGUAAUUCUUUCAGGUAAUGGCAUCAGAUCGAUUCACUUUAUGCGAGACAGUAAUGCCCAUUUAAUAACGGGAUCUUCAAAUUGCGAAUUAUCCGUCUACGACACAUCACAAGUCAGGCUUCUCAGAUGUUCGGUAUUGGAUCAAGAACAAGAAGGCCAGAUUGUUGAAGUUUAUGGGUCUGAUAAUUUGGCCUUUGCACUCACACAUCACAGUUCUGUACAUUGUUUCGACUUGAGGUAAACAGACGCAUUACAUAGAUCAUGUAGAUUUUAGAACAUCCAAAAAUGUUCGAGAUAAGAUUACAUUGGAGUCUUUGUAUUCGAAAAAGGCCAGAAAUAGCUGUGGUCUGAUCACUGGCUUUACUGUAGAUCCAAAUUAUGGACAUUGGAUGCUUUUGACAGCGAGUUCCUCGACAACCAGCAAUAUUGUUCUUUGGGAUUUGAGGUUUGUUUUGUUUUAGUUUUUUUUUUAUUUGACGGUGAAUUGCGUAUAUGGAAUACUUUCAGGUUUGGCGGCCUUGAAGUAGCGAGUUGGUCCCAUCCCUCUCAGCACGCGACACCUUUCAGAAGUUGGCCAUAUGUUUCAUCCACAGACAGCCAAUCCUACUGUAGUCAAGUAAUCACAAACUCGGCGAAGGAUGGUGAGCUUUCUGUUUGGGAAUUGGCUACAAAGGAUCGAACAGAAGUCUUUUGGCCUAGCCCCACGCAACCAUUCUCUUAUUCGGUAGGCAGAUUUUUUCGGUCUGCAUAAGGGCUUCUUUUCAGACCGAUUUAAGUACUACAGCAGUUGUAUCGUGCCCACAAUUAGAUGGUAUCUUUACUGGAGAUUCGGAAGGAAGUCUGAGAUAUUGGAAUAGCGGCGGAUGUCCCAAGUCUUCCAAUUAUUUGUGCGGUCCGUACAGAAAACUGAUAGAUGCCUGGAUGCCCUCAUCCAAAUCAAAUGAACGGAAAGCACCUUCCAGAUACGAGUAUUCGUACAUUGACAUGCCCAAUAUGAACCCCAGAGUUCAAGUUGAGAAUCGAGUAAGCGGAGCCUAUAUGGAGUCGGAGUUCUUGUCCUCAACUCAGGUCAGUGAGUGUCAUAGGGAUGCGAUUACUGAUCUGGUGGCCGUUGGAUCAGAUCAAUUGGUUUCAUCAGGCCAAGACGGUGUUAUCAAGGUCUGGAAGACCGUGGUUUGA